AUGUCUCACGCAAAGGAUACCACGACUCCAGACCCCAAAGGAAAGGGCAAAGAAGUUGCUGAUCCCGCCCCAAAGAGCAUCUUAAAGUCAACCCAGGAUGCCUCUGCCAACAUCUCCCAGCACGUCAAUUUCUCUUGGGAAGCUAACACAAUAACCCGCAUCCCAGCCGACAAUCGCGGUCGUCGCCUUCCUACCGGUAAAGAGAAUAGGCGCGAGCGCUUGUACUAUAAUCUCGAGAAGAAUCGGGUGGUUGCCAACAACUCUAGCGUUGAAUGCGGCGCCUACGUUACCCAGGACGAUACCUGGGAUGAAUGGGAAAUGAUCUCUCGUCCCGGCCAGGAGGAUGCUACCUCCGAGGUGGGUGGAGAAAUCACCAGCUGCCGUGAGGUUAUGAAUCUGCCUGGCGACGACCGUGCCGCCUCUAUCCUCAGUGAGCCGUUUGAGAACACGUGCACCCGACUCCAGCGCCAACUGCAGCGUGACUCCGAGACUGACCUUAAGUGA